AUGAACGAUAUGGACAAUCCAUUGCUCUUGGACAGCCGACUGUACCAAAGAUUACCCAAUGAAUACAAUAAUGAAGAUCCAAUUACCCACAAUCCCACCACUACGCACAAUGAAGACGCAUCUCUUUUGGUGAAGAUGUUGCAUUUCAUCCAAAGCUAUUUCAAGAUCUAUGAAUUGUAUAAUAGAUUGCUAGCAACUUUUGCUAAUCCAAUACCGACACAAGAUACAUUACCAAAGCAAGAAGAGCCAGUAGAUAUCGAAAGCUACAACGCUUCUGAUUCAGAUGUUGAGAUAAUCAAAGUAAACCAACAUAUCAUAACUAAUGAUUAUCAUUUGCUUCAACGGAAUACACCAAUACGAGAGAAUAGUAUAUUAUUAUUAGAUGAUCAUCAAGAACAAGACGAAGUGGGCCCCCCGUUUGGUACAACUAGUAGUUCUGACAUACUACGUGAAUUGGCAUUUGCUCGAUUAAACAGGACCCAGAAAUAUCAUGAUUCCAAACAACAAGCGGCCCAUAAAGAACAAUAUGGAACUGAUUUAUCCAUUGCAGAUACAUCAUCGACAAUUAGACCAAUGAAAUACUACAAACAGCAACCUAUGCCAUCAACAGUUCGACAAUCUGUAAACAGAACUAUCUUUGAUGAAGAACCCACCAAACCCACUCCAUAUCAAGAAUCAAUCCUCAAUUAUUAUAUCCCUUCCAAACCACUCUCGAUGUCUUCCUAUUCCAUUAUUGAUAAUUUUAUAUCUGAUUAUUAUAUCGACAAGAUUUCUUCAAUAUAUACCAAAGCCCAUGAUCUGAUUCAAGAAAUCAUAACUCAAAAGCGAUUAGAAUCAAUCUCGAAACUAAAACCACUCACCGAUGAUCAAUUAGCUCACGUAUACAAGGCAUGGAAUUCAUCAAAUCAACUAUUUGUCACCAAUUAUCAAAUAGAAAUCUAUUCCCGAGAUCUACAAACUCUACGUGAUGGACUGUGGUUAAACGACAACAUUAUCGAUUAUUACUUCAAUCUAAUCAUGAAAGAAUAUCCCGAUGUCUUUGGCUGGACAACCCAUUUCUACACGGCAUUAGAAUCAAAAGGAUAUCAGGGGGUUGCAAGAUGGGCAAAACGAAAGAAAUUAAACUCAUUUGAGAAGAAAAUGAUAUUAGUCCCCGUCAAUAUCUCCAACACUCAUUGGGCAUUAGCUGUUAUCAAUAACACGGCCAAAACAAUCACAUAUUUUGAUUCAUUGGAUAGGUAUAAUUCCGGCAAUCCCCAAGCUGUGGCCAAUUUGAAUGAAUAUAUGAAAUCAGAAGCGGCGAGAUUGGGACUCGGUGAGGUUGAAUAUCAAUUAAUAGCACAUCUGAAAACACCCCAGCAGAAUAAUGGGUCUGAUUGCGGGGUUUUCACGUGUACGGCGGCGAAACAUAUUGCUGGGGGGAGACUGUUGAACUAUGGUCAGAAGGAUAUGAAAUUGAUGAGAAGAAGAAUGACUUUUGAAAUUAUGAAUAAUAAAUUAUUAGAUUGA